GAACUUGCGUCUUCAUCACCGGUCUCAUCUCCUGCUCGACCAAGCAGUCCUACUUUCACCAGCACUACGUCAAGCAGUGCAACCCAUGUAGAAUUCACUCCCUUGGAGUUUUUUAAGAAGGCUGACCACCCUGUCUCUCCCCAUAUGGCCACUGAGCUCUUAUCUGGCUCCGACUGUUCACUUUCCCCCAAACUGUCCCCCUGCCCUUCAGGUUCUCCAAAGGUUCACUUCUCCCCAGUAGAAGAGAUCCCGUACCUUCCUGAUGUAAAGGAGAGCCUGUUGUAUCAGCCUGGUGGUUCACAGUCACCAAAGUCGCCUUCUCGGGCAGCUUACUUGCGUGAGAAGUCAUCCAAGAGACAUGUCCCAUACCCUCACAGGCCAUCUGCACUGGAGCUUCGGUUUGCAAACCGCGUGACAGGGCGAGUACGCCAGCCAGACUUUACGCCUGAACAACUGCAAGAGAGGUUCUCAAGUUCUCACAUGGUCUAUGUUCAAAAGCACGAGGACGCAAUAACCAGUGGUCUAUCACGGAUGAGCUUUGACACUUUGUACAAAGCGUUCAAGGCACUACUUGCUAGUCACAAGGCUGUUCGCCAUGAAGUAGCGACAUCGUUAUGGGAGGACGAACAGCUGAAGAAGAUUAGGAACUACUUUUCCGAGCGUGAGCCCACAGAAAUCGACAACAACACAGAUUACAAUCAAGCCAUCUACAACGAUGAAUGCGAAAUGCUUCGCGCCAUCACUGCCCAAGCAGAGAUAAUCUCAAGACGCCUGGGCUCACGCGCCGGGCGUGAAUUAUUAGUGUCUACUGGCGAAGCUCCCUACCUCCCUCGUUUUGUGGAUGCUUUGCAUAAUAGGGACAGCAUCACACGUGCGCUGCGUAGUGGUUUCGCGGAUGCCGGUACCGACACCAAUACUGACACCGAUAGCGAUUUCGGCGAAGAUGAUGAUUACAACGGGCGGCUGGGCCAGCAGCGCUCGUGCGGCAUGCAGUUGUGA